AUGGUCCACAUGCUCCUGGACAGACAGGUAAUGGAAAAACUUAUUGCAGCCAACCUGUACGUCAAGCUAUCAAAAUGUGAAUUCCACCAUGUACGGCUAGACUAUCUGGAUACAGAAUCUUUCGCCAGAGAAUUUUCUUCCGGUUAUCUCAUUGGAGAACUUCUAAACAAGUAUGAACUUCAGGAAGAUUUUGAUCAGUUUUCACAAAGCAGGCUUGCCAAUGCAAAACUUAACAACUUUUCUCGCAUGGAGCCCACCCUUCAACUUCUGGGUGUACAGUUUGACCAAAAUGUAGCCCGAAACAUCAUGACAGAGCAGCAUGGAGCUGCUAUCAAACUUGUGUACCAAUUGUAUGUGGUCCUAGAAAAAAAGAAAAAAGCAGGGCUCACUGGAGUUGCCAUGGAUGCAAUGCGACCUUCGGCUAAUGCAAAGCUUAAAAGUGUAGGAACCGAAAUAUAUCGUGAGAGACUCAAAACACUAGUACCCCGCCAGGCUGACCUCUCACUCCAACAAAUUUCAGACAGCUUUCAAAGCAAAGCAAAGCUCCUAGAAAGUAAGAUAGUUGAGAUGCAAUUGGUGAAGCAACAGCAGGCCAAACAGAUCCAAGAGGGAAAAAAGGUUGAAGAACUUGAAAAGAAAAUUGCAGAAAAACGCAGGCAGAAUGAAAUCAUGGCCAAGAUUCAAGCAGCAGUUAUCCAGAUUCCAAAACCACUUCCACAGCAGACAGACAAAGUGAUUGAAGACCAAAAACUGCAGAAGAAGAAGAAGGAAGCAGAAGUGGAUGGGACGCUAAUUGGAGGGGCCCUGGCCAAACUAAUUACUGACUUGGUAAAGUUGCAGAUAGGGUGCCACUAUGAACUCCUCAGAUUCAUCGUAGCUGCAUGA